CAGUUGCCAGCGGAACAGGAUCCAGAGCUGAAACUGCCUUCCCUUCUAUCACUUGUCCUCGUCAUUGCUAUGAAUGCUUUAACACAGAUCUCUUUCUUCAUCAUCGUAUCGUCAUCAAGCAAAUAUGCGGAAUAUCUAGGGGGUACAGCAACCUUUUCAGGUCUCGUUAUCGGCAUUCCAACAGUUUUCUCUGGUAUGGCAUUGAUACCUGUCAUGAAAAUAGAUCAAGGUGCAUACACUCGACCAAUCCAUUUCUCCUGUGCGACGAUGAUACUUGGCCAUAUACUCUACGGUCUAGCAUAUAAAGCCAAUUAUCUCUACCUGAUCCUGAUUAGUCGCUGCGUCAGCGGCCUGGCGUUCACCAAUUUUAUGUACAGCAAGCGCUUCUGUUCGGAUCCUCGCAUCGUCGGCGUGCGACGACGGACUACUUUGGCCGGGUGGCUCGUCGUAGGACAGGGCAUCGGGUUCAGCGUGGGUCCAUUCAUCGGGGGCCUGUUGUACAAGAUUGGGUUCAGCAACAGCGUCUUCAAUGGGUACACAAGCCCCGGAUGGUUGAUGGCAGUCAUUUGGCUUGUAUUUUGGGGUAUCUUUGCGUGGUACUUUCAAGAUGUACCUCGUACGCGCCCCAAUCCUCCGCACACCGAAUCCCCAAUCCAAUUGAACCCCCCUCCCUUCCACCCCCAGAAUCCUGUCGCUGAUGAAGCGGGUAGUAGAAACCCUCCACCGGACUUCUCUUCUUCGCUAUCCAACUCCAUUACACUUCGUCAAUGGGGCGUUACCGUGACAAUGUGCUGGUUCGCGAUGACUUGUUUCUUCACACUUGGCGCCUGGGAAGCAAACAUCCCCAUUUUUACAGCCGCCGUGUUUGACUACUCUCCUUUCGCAGCAGGUAACUUCAUCGCACUUGGUGGGAUUUCUACAUUUCCCCUCCUAUUCAUGAACAUCUACUUCGUUCGACGCACACAGGACAGAUAUAUCCUCGCACUCGGAUCUUCUCUCGGCCUCCUUGGCCUCUUGACGACUCUUGCCAUCCUCCUCGCCGAUCGCGUCACGUUCGGCUCGCUCUUCGCCUGCUGGUUCCUUGUGGCGCUCGGCUUCAACAUCGCGAGCACGGUGACGAUGAGUCUUUUGUCAAAACAGUUCCCUGGUGAAUGGAAUGGGAGAAUCAGCAUGAUGAUCCAGUACAGUAACUUCACCGGCAGGGUCCUCGGCGCUGUCUGGGGUGGAUCUGGAUUGCGAGUCGGAAUGGUGAAUUAUGUUGGUCUGGAGAUAGCUUUUCUGGGCUUGGGGGGCAUUAUGUUCCUCACGCUGUGGAGAGAGUUAAAGGCGAAAACCGGGUGAUCAUCUUCGAUUAGUUUUCUUAUGACACUUCUCUUUGACUUCACUGGCGAGUGUGGAGUCACACAGAAUUUGCCCUGCAGAUAUAGUACGUGGCAAUAAGUAAUGUACCCUCUAUGUUGCUUCUCAUAUAUUCUGU